AUGGGAGACAAUGUCCCUGUAGAAGAGGAUCCUUUUUGGGAUCCUGUUCCAGAUCAAGAGAACCAGCAGCUCGUACAAAUAAAAGCUAAGCCGGCUUUUGUUAAUAUACCUGUAACUUUGGAUCCACUCUAUGAUCCAUCGUCAGAUGAACCUUAUAUUAAUCAAGUUUUUACCUGGAUUGAGAAAAUAGGGGAAGGAGCUUAUGGCUAUGUUUUCAAAGCUACCCAUAAGUCUGAAAAUAAAAAAUAUGCCAUCAAAAAACUGAAAACCGAGGGAAGUCUCGAAGACGAGAAGUACAAUGAAAUUAAAACUUUAGAACAAGUAGGAUAUCAUCCUCAUAUCGUUAGGUAUUUUAUGGGAUGGGAAGAAAAAGAUGAGACUUAUUUGUUACUUCAGUUAUCUCAGAUCUCCCUGGCCGAUUUUGUUAAAAAUAGUAGAGAGGUUCCGGAAUAUGUCUACUGGGAUGUUAUUCAUGAUAUGUGCCUUGCAUUGAAGUAUCUUUCUAACGAAAGAAGGUUAAUUCAUUAUGACGUUAAAGACCGGAAUAUCCUUAUACAUGGGAAACACUUUAAACUGGCCGAUUUCGGCGUUGUCUUGGAUGUACAAGAGAGGCAAAACCUAGAAGAGAUCGGUGAUUACAAUAUUGAAAUUGUACCAAUGGAGGAUAAGGAGAAUAUCCCGGAACAAGGGGAUGAACAGGAUUAUGAGAUGGCUGAAGCAGAAGUGCAGGUCCAAGGGGGCUCUAAAAAUGAAUAA